GUGCGUGCCUGUGCUGCGAGCGCAUGAGAGGAAAGUCAUGGCUGUGUUCCUCAGGUCGGCCUUGCGGCUCCGUUCGUGCUUCUUGCCCCUGAGAGGGGGCCGCACGAUCCUGGCCAGGGUCUCUUCCCCGGCGCCGCUCCCCUCAGUGCAGGCCGCAGCCUUUCGCAGCAGCAACAGAUACCUGAUCCAUCAAGCAAAGCUUCAUACAAUUGCAACUCAAGAGAAGGGAGAUGUUCAAGAGCAACCAUCUGUUUCUGCUGUUCGAAUGAAGCAGGCACAACAGUUUGAUUGGGCUCUGAGUAAACUGGAUACUUCUGUCAGAAGAAUGGGGCGCAUUACUAAAAACCUGCUUAUAAAAAUAUUUGACAGUGUGUGCAGAACAGGUUAUCCUAAUAGUAAUCAGGCCCUGCUGCUGUUGAGAAGCUGUGGUUCAUUAUUGCCUGAGCUUCAACUAAAUGAAAGAACAGAACUUGCUCAUACUAUAUGGACCAAGCUGAAAGAUCUGGGUGUCGUAUAUGAUGUAAGUCAUUAUAAUGCUUUGCUAAAGAUUUACCUUCAGAAUGAACACACAUUUUCUCCAACUGAAUUCUUAACAAAGAUGGAAGAAGCGAAUGUGCAACCCAAUCGAGUCACAUACCAGCGAUUGGUUGCUGCUUACUGCAGCAAGGGUGAUAUUGAUGGUGCAAGCAAGAUUCUUGAUUUUAUGAAAAGGAAAGAGCUCUCAAUCACAGAGUCUGUGUUCAGUGCGCUUGUGACUGGCCAUGCAAGAGCUGGAGAUAUGGGGAAUGCAGAGAAUAUCCUUUCUGUGAUGAGAGAUGCUGGAAUUGAACCUGGUGCCGAUACUUACCUUGCAUUAUUGAAUGCAUAUGCUGAGAAUGGUGAUAUAAACAAAAUUGAAGAGAUCCUGGGGAGUAUUGAGAAGGCUGACACUUUCCUUUUAGACAGGGACUUGAUGGAAAUCAUUUUUACUCUUGCUAAGGCUGGAUAUCCUCAGUAUGUGCAAAAUAUUCUGGAAAGGAUGAGAUAUGAUAGAGCAUAUAUUCCAGAAGCUACAAAUCUUUGCCUGAGUUUAAUAACACAAGGCCUGGAAGACACAGCUUUUCAAGUUCUGAAGACAUUUCCUCCACCAUCAUUAGAGUCUGAGGAUGGAAAUGCUGUGGACUGUGGCAACUUCUUCAUACAACAUUGUGUAAAUACGAAUAAGCCGGUGGCUAAGGUGAAAUAUUUCUGUGAUGAGUUGAAAGGAGCCAACAUGAAUGCUGCACCUCUACAGAUGGCUUUACUUUGUGCAUUGAAGUCAAAAAACAAUGCUAUUGCCUCUGAUCUAAUGAAGAUAAUGAAAGAAGAAGGCUUACCUGUCAGAGUCCACUAUUUCUGGCCAUUGUUGGCUGGGUACCGGCAAGAAAAAAAUGUUCAAGGUACAAUUAAUGUCCUCAAAACAAUGAAUGAGCUGCAGGUAGAGCCUAACAUCGAAACAUAUUCAACCUACGUUUUACCAGCUUUCGAUGAUGUAAACUCUAUGCACCAGCUGCUUCAGGAAAAUGGAUUUUCUGUUGGAGUUGAUAUUACUGCAGCAGAAAUCAGACAUGAAGCUACACAUGGAAGACUGGAUAAUAUUUUAGCCUUACUGUCUUCCGCAAAUACGCCACCUGUGGAUCACAGGCUGUUCAAAGUUUCUCUGAUCAAUGCAAUGAAAAGGUCCAAUGAUGUAGAUCUUUGCAGCAAGAUAACAGAACUGUUGUACAAGGAUGGACGUUAUUGCCAGACGCCUCCAGGACCAACUGAAGCUGUUGGCCAUUUUCUUUAUGGCUUGAUUGACAGCAUGGGUGACUUAGAGGUACAGGCCAAGGAGGAGCGGUUGAGACAAUACUUCCAUCAGCUGAAGAAGAUGAAUAUAGUAAUCCCUCCUAACAUCUUCAGAGGUAUCCGCAACCUACUGGACAGCUACCAUGUUCCUGAAUUAAUUAAGGAUGUGAUUUUAUUGACUGACAGAGAAAAGCUAUCACAAGGAGCAUUAUCAAAAUUCUCUGGAUUACAGGCAUCUGAUUUGGAAAAGGAAGUCGAACAACUGAAAGCUGAGAAUCAGCCUAUUACAAAUGUUCUGAAACAGCUUAUAUAUGUUUUAUGCUCAGAAGAGAAUAUGGAAAAAGCCCUUGAAGUGAAAGCCAAAUAUGAACCGGACAUGGUUGUUGGUGGCUAUGCAACCUUAAUAAAUUUGUGCUGUCGACAUGAUAAUGUAGAGGAGGCAAUGAACCUGAAAGAAGAACUCUGCCGUAAAGAUUCAUCUCUUGCUCUCAGUACAGAGAAAUACUUGGCCUUGGUGAAAGUUUUGGGGAAACAUGGUAGACUGGAAGAUGCUAUUAACAUUUUAAAAGAGAUGAAAGAGAAGGAUGUCCACAUUACAGCUACAACAGUCGCAUCCCUUUUCCACAUCCUCAAUGGAGCAGCCUUGCGAGGUGAAGUUGAAACGGUGAAUCAGCUUCAUCAAGCUGUUGUGGACCUGGGUGUUACUGCAAACAUGUGUACUCCUCUCAUUACUGUUCACUUGGAAAGGAAUGAUGAAGAAGCAGCCAUGUUAGCUGCCUUUGACUGCUAUAAGAAGUAUGGCAGACUUCCUAAAAUUCAUGAUAUCCUGUGCUUGUUAAUACAGAAGGGAAACACUACACUAUUGCACAAAGCUAUGGAUUUUGUGAGCCAAGAGAAAGGUGAAAUGACGAUGCUCUAUUAUCUCUUCUUUGCCUUCCUGAAUACUGGCAAAUACAAAGAAGCCAAGAAGAUCAUUGAGACACCUGGCCUAAGAGCUCGACCAGACCAAUUAGAGUGGUUUGCUGAGAAGUGUAUUGCCAGUAACCAGGUUGAAGCCCUGGAAUGCAUGGUAGAAUUGACUCAAAAGCUGUUUGAAUGUGAUCGAGAUGAGAUGUAUUACUACUUGUUAAAACUAUGCAAGAAAAACAAUGACUGGCAGAGGGCUGAUGCUAUUUGGACUAAAAUUCAGGACGAAAAUAUUAUUCCUCGUGAAAGAACUUUGAGGUUGCUGGCAGAUAUCCUGAAAUCCAAUAAUCAGGAAGUUCUAUUUGAUGUACCUGAGACUUCAUAUGAUGAAGCUUGUGUUGAGGGUGUGUAUGAGGUGGUCAGAUCUGCCCCCUCUUCAGUGUCACCUGUGCAUCCUACCGGUCUUAAGAAACAACUACACCAUCUCUGCAAAAGUGAUAAAGUUGAAGAGGCAUACAAUAUUUUACUAGAAGCACAAAAGAACAAUAUUGUGUUUGAAAUCAGUGAUUAUAUAAGUCUUAUAAAAGCAUUAUUCAGCAAAGGUGAUCUUGAAAAGGCAAUGGAAGUAAAAAACAUCGCUGAGACCCACAUCAAGGGCUUCGUGCUGAACGAUGCUGCCAGCAGCCUCCUCAUCAUAACGCAAGUUAGGCGGGAUUAUUUGAAAGAUGCAAUGUCUACUUUCAAGACACUUAUUGAAAAUGGCCAGGUACCCUCUGCAUUAGCUGUUACUCAGCUUGUUAACGCUUUCACUAAGAAGGGAGACCUGGAGAGCAUACGCACAGUUGAGAAGAUGAUAGAAAGGUUCCGUGACUCUAUGAGGUUGCCGCAUACGCUUUUCUUCAGCAACACAGUAUUAGCUCACAUCAACAAUAAUAACCUUGAUGGUGCCAUGGAAUACAUUGAGACCAUGUUUACCCCUGGUACAGUGUCACACUCUGACCUGUCAGAGAGAAGCAUUGCCUAUGUGUUUAGAAAUUUGAUUGACAAUAAAAUGGAGCCAGAGUUGGAAAGAAUGAGUGUCAUGGCUGAACGAUUGGCCAACCAGUUUGGGAUUUAUAGGCCUGCCACAGAACUUUUUCUUCAGUAUUUAGAUGCAGAAAGAGUGGAUGAUGCCAAGCAUCUUCUAAAGAGAUGCAAUGCAAUAGGUGAACAAAAGAGGUACCUAGUGGCUUUCAUGAUGAAUAAAUCCCAGAAACAAGGACAGGUUCACAAAUUGAAGACAUUGUUGGAACUGGUUCCUGACUUCUCAGAUAAGACAUUUAUUUACGCUUUCCUUAUGAAAUGCCAUGCAUUGGAUAAGGAUGUUGCUUCAGCCAAAGCUCUGUAUGAAAAAAUGAAAGCUGAGAAAUUGCACCCAGAUGAGUUAACUUUGAAACGUUUGGCAAUUCUCCUGAAGGAAGCAGGAGAGCCUGUUCCUUUCACAGAACCCCCUGAGAGCUUCAGAUUCUAUGCAGAGAAGCUAAGGAAUGAAAAAAAGGGACAUUCUUCUGAUGAAGAUUAACUUUUUAAUGUUUCUGUUGUUGUUAGAAAUACUGUGAUUGUGUAAAGACUUUUAAACAAUAUUAUUGUCAGAAAAAGAAAUAAAAUUAAAAAUAGGA